GUCUAUCGAAUCGGCUUCAGGUGUCAAACCCUUUCCUCGUCUCCAAGAUGCUGCGCUCCAUGUCCCAUAUCCUGCGCACAUUAACACCAAAAUGCAAUCCUCAAUUCGACCUCUACUCAACGACAAGCAACAAAACCAUGAAAGAGACAUGUGACCCGAUACCAGUUAUCGUCGUUCUGUGCGGCUGCGGUGGUCUGGACGGUACCGAGAUAUCGGAAUCCAUUUCACUCGCGAUAAAUCUCUCUCAUCACAAUUUCUAUCCAAAAUUCUUCGCACCCGACAUGGAGAUAUGCGGUGUCGUCGAUCACUUGACGAAGGAACCCGAUACAUGUGGUGAACCACGGAAUGCCCUGGUGGAGGCAGCCAGAUUAGCCAGAUCAUCAAUCAAAUCACUGAGCGAUUGUCAAUCCCAGUGCGGCGCAGCCUUGAUAAUACCUGGUGGUUUUGGUGCUGCUCGAACCAUGAGUGACUUUGCAUCGAAAGGAGCUGAAUGUGCCCUAAUCCCAGAUUUAAGGCGAGUCAUCGAGGAGUUCAACUGUGAGAAAAAGCCCAUUGGUACAAUGUGCAUUGCGUCAGCUCUUGUUCCCCGGGUUCUUCAGGGCGUCAAAGUCACCCUAGGAAAGGAUGGAUGUAAGGACGACUGGCCUUAUGCUGAGGCCAUCCGCAGGGUCAAGGACAUGGGGGCCAAAGUCGAGGAACAGGAUGUAAAAGGUGUUACCUAUUGUGAGCAGUACAAUGUGUACUCAACACCAGCUUGGAUGUACGGAAAAGCCACCUAUGACGAGAUUCACCAGGGCAUUGGGAAUAUGAUUGCGGAAAUGAAGAAGAAGAUUGUUCGCUGAUGGCGGAAGGCAUUUUGUGGAGGUGGGGCUCAAGGGUAGAUUUACAACAACUUGGAUGAAUAAAUCAAGCAACAAAACCACCCACAACCGGACAUCUUCCGAGUGCAUGUAGAAUUGUAAGUGAAUUAACCGGUCGCAUUUAUCACUUGCACCUCGACAUUCAGACCCGGAUAAUGCACUCCAAGGACACCUCGUGCUAUUUAUACAAUCGAAAAUUCGUGUUUCAUCAGGGGCUAGGGAGGAGGGAUGGGAAUAAUCAGAAUUUUAAAUGGAGAGACAUAGAAAUA